UAGUCAAUACUAGUAAUACAUUUUUGAGGCAUUUUGAACUACCCUAGUUUUCUCCCAAACAGAAACAAACAUAGAACUGAGAACGAGCACAGUCGCACCCUCUCGCCUCCGCCGCACCGUCGCCGUCCGUCCGUUCCGCUCUCCCCCCUGCAUACUCCUCUGAGUUCUCACUUGCACGGCGGCCGUUCCCUACUCAGAAUCAGAACAAAGAGUGGUUUUAUUUUAUCAAUUUUAUAGAGAUGGAGAGACCUGACGGAAGGACUCCCAAUCAACUGAGGCCUCUAGCUUGCUCUCAUUCCGUCCUCCACCGAGCCCACGGCUCCGCCACGUGGGCUCAAGGAGAAACCAAACUCCUUGCUGCAGUUUAUGGACCUAAAGCCGGAGCCAAGAAGAACGAAAAUCCCGAGAAAGCUUCCAUUGAAGUUAUUUGGAAGCCUAGUACAGGCCAUGCCGGUCAAGCCGAGAGGGAGUAUGAAAUGAUAUUGAAGAAAACCUUGGAAAGCAUAUGCAUUCGUACCAUUUAUCCUAACACCACCACUUCUGUUAUCGUCCAGGUUGUCCAUGAUGACGGUGCUCUUCUUCCAUGUGCAAUAAACGCAGCAUGUGCUGCACUUGUUGAUGCGGGAAUACCUCUAAAACAUCUUGCUGUUGCUAUAUGUUGUUCUGUAACAGAUGAUAAUUGUAUUAUAUUGGACCCUUCCAAACAAGAAGAGAAGAAAGCAAAAGCAUUUGCCUAUUUAGUUUUUCCAAAUACAACUGUUACUGUCGUACCAGAGAAAUCAUCGCAAGGGGGUAGCGAUCCCACGGCACACGGAAUCAUCACAUCUGUUACACACGGUGCUAUGUCAGUGGAUAAUUAUCUUCAUUGCCUAGAACGAGGGCGUGCCACAACUCAAAGGUUGUCUGAAUUUUUGAGGAAGAACAUAGAGCCAAAAUCUAUCCGCGAGGCAUCCAAAGCUGGAUAAUUUACAAACAUUUGUAGCUUACUUGUAUCUAAUUUUAUCCUUACAAGGGUUGAAGAAGAUGGAAUUUUGUGUAGGACAAUUUUGUGACAUUUGCUCCAUACCUGCUAGUUAUCUAAAUUUAUGAUUAGUUUUGUAGUUCUACAACAUAAUGAAAUUGCUAUUAAGAUGAUUAAGAUGAUAAUUUAUGUCUGAUUAUAAAAUUGCCAGUUCUUUCAUGAUCUCUUCAUUAGCUACUGUGUUGGAACUAGUUUUUGUGCUUUGUUUUGCUGCAUAAUUCUGCAGAGAACCGAGGGAAUAAUCAAUUUACUGGUGUACACCAUUGCAGCAUGUGUUUUACCUUAUGUAAUCAAUUUUCAAAGCAUUGAGUACUCUUUAAGGUCUUUACAGAAUGCCUCUUAUAAUACUCAUUAACAUUUUCAAAUACUCUCAAGUCUCAAAAUGAGUAACCAGAUUUCCAUUUUAAAGCGAAUAAGUGAAAUUUCUAUA